CGGCCGCCGUGGCGGCAGCUCGGAAGUCGGGCGGGACCGAGAGCUUUCCGCCUGCCGCUGGCGCUGAGGCUUUUUUUUUGCCUUUUCUUAGCUUGCUUCUUCCUCACGGCCCUGGCUAGGGCUGGGCAGCGCGCCCCCGGGGAGGGGCGGAGCUGUAGAUAUGGUAUAAGGUAUUUCUUCAAGACUGGACAGCCGAAGACCUGUUACUUCUGAUUAGCCUUAAGCAGACUUACAGCCAUCGAGAAACCUCACGGAAUUUCAUAUUUUGCUUUCUGCUUUACACCUUUCUUGGCACCCACAUUCAUCUUGCAACCAUGUAUGGAAGUGCUCGCUCAGUUGGGAAGGUGGAACCGAGCAACCAGAGCCCUGGGCGUUCACCUAGGCUUCCACGUUCCCCUCGCUUGGGUCAUCGUCGAACCAACAGUACGGGAGGGAGUUCUGGAAGCAGUGUUGGAGGUGGCAGUGGGAAAACCCUUUCAAUGGAGAAUAUCCAAUCCUUAAAUGCUGCCUAUGCCACAUCUGGCCCUAUGUACCUAAGUGACCAUGAAAAUGUGGGUUCAGAAACACCUAAAAGCACUAUGACGCUUGGCCGUUCUGGGGGACGUCUGCCAUAUGGUGUCAGGAUGACUGCUAUGGGCAGUAGCCCCAAUAUAGCUAGCAGUGGGGUUGCUAGUGACACCAUAGCAUUCGGAGAGCAUCACCUCCCUCCUGUGAGUAUGGCAUCCACUGUUCCUCACUCUCUUCGUCAGGCAAGAGAUAAUACAAUCAUGGAUCUGCAGACACAGCUGAAAGAAGUAUUAAGAGAAAAUGAUCUCUUGCGGAAGGAUGUGGAAGUAAAGGAGAGCAAAUUAAGUUCUUCCAUGAAUAGCAUUAAGACUUUUUGGAGCCCAGAGCUGAAGAAAGAACGAGCUCUGAGAAAAGAUGAAGCCUCCAAAAUCACUAUUUGGAAGGAACAGUAUAGAGUUGUGCAGGAGGAAAACCAGCACAUGCAGAUGACAAUCCAGGCUCUCCAGGAUGAAUUGCGGAUCCAAAGGGACCUGAACCAGCUGUUUCAGCAAGACAGUAGCAGUAGGACUGGUGAACCCUGUGUGGCAGAGCUGACGGAGGAGAACUUUCAGAGGCUACAUGCUGAGCAUGAGCGGCAGGCCAAAGAGCUGUUCCUUCUUCGAAAGACUUUGGAGGAAAUGGAGCUGCGUAUUGAGACUCAGAAGCAAACCCUAAGUGCUCGGGAUGAAUCCAUCAAGAAACUUCUGGAGAUGUUGCAGAGCAAAGGGCUUUCUGCUAAGGCUACUGAAGAAGACCAUGAGAGAACAAGACGACUGGCAGAGGCAGAGAUGCAUGUCCACCACCUAGAAAGCCUUUUGGAGCAGAAGGAAAAAGAGAACAGUAUGUUGAGAGAAGAGAUGCAUCGGAGAUUUGAGAAUGCACCUGAUUCUGCCAAAACAAAAGCUCUGCAAACUGUUAUUGAAAUGAAGGAUUCAAAAAUAUCCUCUAUGGAGCGUGGGCUCCGAGACUUGGAAGAGGAAAUUCAGAUGCUGAAAUCAAAUGGGGCCUUGAGUACUGAAGAACGGGAAGAAGAAAUGAAACAAAUGGAGGUCUAUCGGAGCCAUUCUAAAUUUAUGAAAAAUAAGGUAGAGCAACUGAAGGAGGAACUAAGUUCGAAAGAGGCUCAAGGGGAGGAGCUGAAAAAGAGAGCGGCUGGUCUUCAGGCUGAGGUCUUUGCCAUUGGUCAGGUGAAGCAGGAGCUGUCCAGAAAGGACACAGAACUACUAGCCCUACAGACAAAGCUAGAAACACUCACAAACCAGUUCUCGGAUAGUAAGCAACACAUUGAAGUGCUGAAGGAGUCCUUGACUGCUAAAGAACAACGGGCUGCCAUCCUGCAGACCGAGGUGGAUGCUCUCCGAUUGCGUUUGGAAGAGAAGGAAACCAUGUUGAAUAAGAAGACAAAACAAAUUCAGGAUAUGGCUGAGGAGAAGGGGACACAAGCUGGAGAGAUACAUGACCUCAAAGACAUGCUGGAUGUGAAAGAGAGGAAGGUUAAUGUUCUUCAGAAGAAGAUUGAAAAUCUUCAAGAGCAACUUAGAGAUAAGGAGAAGCAAAUGAGCAGCUUGAAAGAACGAGUCAAAUCGUUGCAGGCUGACACUACCAACACCGACACAGCCUUGACAACUUUGGAGGAGGCCCUUGCAGAGAAAGAGCGGACAAUUGAACGCUUAAAGGAGCAGCGGGACAGAGAUGAACGAGAGAAGCAAGAGGAAAUUGAUAACUACAAAAAAGAUCUUAAAGACUUGAAAGAAAAAGUCAGCUUAUUGCAAGGCGACCUCUCAGAAAAAGAGGCUUCACUCUUGGAUCUGAAAGAGCAUGCUUCUUCCCUGGCUUCCUCAGGACUGAAAAAGGACUCACGGCUUAAGUCACUGGAGAUUGCUUUGGAACAGAAGAAGGAGGAGUGUCUGAAGAUGGAAUCACAAUUGAAAAAGGCACAUGAGGCAACAUUGGAAGCCAGAGCCAGUCCAGAGAUGAGUGACCGAAUACAGCAGUUGGAGAGAGAGAUUGCCAGGUUCAAAGAUGAAUCUAGCAAGGCCCAGGCAGAAGUUGACCGCCUCUUGGAAAUCUUGAAGGAAGUGGAAAAUGAGAAGAAUGACAAAGAUAAGAAGAUCGCAGAGUUGGAAAGGCAAGUGAAAGACCAGAAUAAGAAGGUGGCAAAUCUGAAGCACAAGGAGCAGGUGGAAAAGAAGAAGAGUGCACAGAUGCUUGAGGAGGCUCGACGAAGGGAGGAUAAUCUCAAUGACAGCUCCCAACAACUACAGGACAGUCUCCGUAAGAAGGAUGACAGGAUUGAAGAGCUGGAAGAAGCACUAAGAGAAAGUGUACAGAUAACUGCAGAGCGAGAAAUGGUGCUAGCACAAGAGGAGUCAGCCAGGACCAGUGCUGAAAAACAGGUGGAGGAAUUACUGAUGGCCAUGGAGAAAGUGAAGCAGGAACUGGAGUCCAUGAAAGCAAAGCUGUCCUCUACUCAACAGUCUCUGGCAGAAAAGGAAACUCAUUUGACCAAUCUUCGCGCAGAAAGAAGGAAACACUUAGAGGAAGUUCUGGAGAUGAAGCAAGAAGCUCUUCUGGCUGCCAUUAGUGAAAAAGAUGCCAACAUAGCUCUUUUGGAGCUUUCAUCCUCUAAGAAAAAGACCCAAGAGGAAGUGGCUGCACUGAAGCGGGAGAAGGAUCGUCUGGUGCAGCAGCUCAAGCAGCAGACACAAAAUCGAAUGAAGCUAAUGGCCGACAACUAUGAGGAUGACCACUUCAAAUCCUCCCAUUCCAAUCAAACCAAUCAUAAACCCUCCCCAGACCAGAUCAUCCAGCCCCUCUUAGAACUCGACCAAAAUAGAAGCAAAUUAAAGUUGUAUAUUGGACACCUGACAGCCCUCUGCCAUGACCGAGACCCCCUGAUACUUCGUGGACUCACUCCACCAGCUUCCUAUAACUUGGACGAUGACCAGGCAGCUUGGGAGAAUGAGUUGCAGAAGAUGACCCAGGAACAGUCUCAAGUACUACUUCAGCAAGUCUUUGGACUGGUAAAGCCUUGUGGAGACCAUCCCAUCCAUCUCUCUGCCUCAGCUUCAGGAUGAGUUAGAAAAAGGUGAACGGGACAAUGCAGAGCUACAGGAGUUUGCCAAUGCCAUUCUCCAGCAGAUAGCAGAUCACUGUCCCGAUAUCUUGGAGCAAGUGGUCAAUGCGUUGGAAGAGUCGUCCUGACCCUGCUCUGUGGGAGCCCAGCAGCCUGCUGGAAUAAAUCCAGGAGUCGAGAAAGAAGAGCUGUAAGGAACGGGCACCCAGAAACUUCCUGGCACCCAAAAAACACUACAAACUCUAUCCUAUCUUGGUUGGUCCUUUGAGUGUGAUUCCAGCACCCUUUCUACAGCUGGACAUCUUAACUCUGCCUUUCGACUUUGGAUAUUGUCUCUACACUAAUUUUCCUGAUGUCCAGGGUGGGUAAGUGGCCAGGUUUCCAUGAAGAACUGCCAUCCAGUCAUCAGCAGUGGAGAACUGUGGAAGCUGGUGGUUCUGCCCUUAACAGAGGGACAUGGAGUGGAGAGCCCUUCUUCCUUCUGCCCUUGACAUGAGAACUAAACCUGGAAUCUCCUUGGAGUUCAACAUUUUGAAAGAAAGUUCCCAAUGGACUAGAGAGCUGAGUGUUCUAACAUCACAACAGGUGCUUUCUCCUAAAAGGGUAAAAAAAAAAAAAAAAUCUUAAGAAGAGGGGGGAAAAGAGAGAACAGGGACAAAGAGAAAUUGACUCUUCUUUUUACUGUCUCUUUUGCUUACUUUCACGUGUAAUGUUUUAUGCAGGGGAGCUGCAAGCAGGCCUCAUGAUGGCUUAGUGAGUUUGGAGUCUUUACCCAGCCCUCUCUGUCUCACUCAUCCUUGCUCCUCUCAACCAGUUAACAAGAGGAUGGUGUGGACAGUUCUCCCCCGGGUCCCUCUUGCUUAAGACCUUUGACCUUAUUAUACUUAGGUUGUCAGAUCAUACAUCUGGAUCUGAAAGAGAAGAAGGGUUUGACGUGAGGCCCUGCUGUCACCACCUACAGCUCUGCUUCUGUAGAAGUUCCCUGGGGCCAGGCUGGUUUCUCCUACACAUCUUCAUUGGCAUUCUAGGCCCCUGAGCCCCAAAAGAAUGCUUCUGCCUUCCCACCACCCAUGUUCCACCCACCUCCCUCCUGUUUAGCUUUACUCUUGAUGUGCACUCCCAGAACCAUAGCCUCGAGCAUUGUCUGGAACCUCCUUCUGGCACAAAUGAAUGUUUCUCAUCCCACACACAUUCCUUCCUCCAUUCUUUCAUUCAGAGAAUAUUUAUGAAAUGCCCACUGUGUGCAAGUCACUGUUGGGUACCCAUCCUUGACAAAAGUCUCUUUUCAGUGAGGGAGAAAUGCGAAGGACUCUCUGAGACAUAACCUGGUUGAGUCAAAGCAGUCAAAGGCAUACCCUUCCCCUCCCCGCUCCUUCUAUCUUAGUAGAAGUUCUCUUUUCCAGAUGAAUCUUUCACAAAUGAGCCUUUCUCAUUGCUCAUUAUAAUGGAAUUGAUGAGGGGGCUCAUCACCCUUGCGGGGGGCUGAGUCACUUACUUGCCUGCAGGAUCUUAUUUGGUGGUUCAGGAUUUUUGUGGUUGUUGUUACCCCGCAAGGGUGUAGUGUUUAGGGGGGCUACAGCCGCAGAUGGUAUUUUCUUAACACAUCUGUGCACACCACGUGGAACUUGGCCAGCUCCGUGUCGCAGAUCAGAAAAUGGACCCUAAAGUUGCAAAUCCAGUUGAAGGUAUUGGCAUUUUGAACGGCAUUCUUCCCAAGCUUAGACAGUGCCAGUCAUAAAUAAUCAGGCACCAAGAAAGAGACCACUUCACCCAAAUCUAGCCCUUUGACCACCUCUCCGGCCAGACGCCCACCAGACACUCACAUCUUCUGAUAAGAGUUGCUGGGCUAAAUGUUUUUGUCUUGCAUUUUCCUCUUUCCCCCUCCCCAGUUACUCACCCAGAGAAUCUGAUGCUGCCUGGAAAGUCACCACGGCUGUCAGUCUGGUAUCUUCCCACCGGCAACCCUUGACUGUCCCCUUAACUUAAUAGGGUCAUAUCUGCAGCUGCCCGGAUUCCCUGCUGGUGUAAAACAGCCUCUCCUGUGAGAAGCUGUAGAAUGUUUUGUGUCGAAGGUUUAAAUGGGCUCUGCUCAUAAACUUCUUACUGAGAUGCUUCCUGAUAGCCUGGCCAGCCAGAAGCAGACAAGAUGGGAGAUGGAGGGGUUACAUAGUUAGUCGUGGUGGUUUGUGGUCAGUCACUUCAAUUCCAUGUAUUUCUUGCACUGCCUGUAAGUGAUGUAGAAAGCCCCCCGUAUCUUAGGCCUGGAGUAUUAGAAUCUCACUUUAUCAUAAUGCAGGGAACUGAGGGAUGAGGACACCCUUGACAGGACCUGCACAGAGCAGGCAGGAGCAGAGGCCAUGCCCAGAGAGGUGGCCUGGCCUGCCCCCUGGGUGUGUGACUCUCACUGCACCUCCUUUCUUUCCCUUUUCCUUUCAACUCCUCCUGUUGCUUCCCCUGGAAGUCCUCUGGACAGGUGCUUCUGAGAAGAAAAAUUCCUGGACAAACAUCAUCUGUCUGGUCUCUAUGAAUCUCCUUGAUUCCUCUUGGGUGGUCAUCCUAGCACCUCAAAUGGUUCUGAGGACUCUCUGGUUCUAGAUGAAAGUAGGUUCUGGCUAAACUUUAAUAGCAAACAUGACCUGACCUUAUAUUACAAGGGCAAAAUUAAUACAAUGUCUAGCACUUAGAGUAUCUUAUUGAGUUGAGAUCAUUCAUCGAGCCAACUUUUACUAAAUGCGCAAUUCCCAUCACACAAAGACUUACCAUUGUAUCUUCUGGUAUUCAUUUUCACAAGGUCACUCAGCUGCUGGGGAAGGUCUAUAGCCUUGAAAACUCACUGCAGGUUGCCUAUUAGAUUCACCAAAUUCAUCCAUCCCAUUGGCAGGUCUAGUUUCCCCUUAGCACCUAAAGAUCUGUACCCCAAAUCAAGGUCAUCAUAAAAGGGGACAGGAAGAAGAGUGUGUAGAAUCUAAUGUGGGGCUCAUGAUUGACAAAAUACAAUGUGAUUUUUCUCAUCUUCUCAUAGACCUCUAUCCCAGGUACUCAUUGAGUUCUUGGUGAAGUAUCUGAAUUGAGAUUUACAAGGACCUGGAUACCAUUUGAAAUGGAAAAGAUUUUAAAUGGGCUUUAAUAUAUUAAGAAAUAUGAACAGGAAUCCCCAAAUCCAUCUCAGCUCUAACCUUUAACCUGGUACCUUAUAGUCUAAUGAAGAGCUAAAUGCUUCUCUCUCUUCCUCACACUUGAUCUUCAGAAAUGCUAGUAAAGCAGAUGGGACCCAAGACUGCCUUAAGGGUCGGUAGUGGCGGUGUGACUUGGCACCUUUUGUCAAUAAAAGUCUGUUUGGUUUUCCACGAGGAGUUCGUUGGCUCACCCACUCCUCAGAGAGAAGAGGAGGAGGAAGUCAUCACAAAGUUUUAGUCAACUGGUGAGCUAAUCCCUCCCCUAUGACGUUCAGGAUUGGCAUUUAGACUUGCUGCUAGAGAGUCCUGCUGAUCCCAGAACCAUCCUGCCCUCCCCUUUGACCCCAGUUGUGAGGCACAGACCCACUGGCUACCCUUGGGGGGUUCUGAGGAAAGAGCAAAUCAAGGAAUAUGGUGCCACAUAGAAUGUGACCCUCCCACGGCCCUUCCUGAGUCACAGUGGGCCCUGUGGCCGUAAUAUCAGUAACUUCCAUGUCUGCCUCCCCAGCCUCACCUGCCACCCACAAGAGUUCAGAGCUAUGGAAAAGCAGACGAGGACAGAGUAGACGCAGCAGAGCCUGCUGCCCUUUGCCAAGCCUGCAAGGCCAACCCGUCCAUCACUGCCAGUCCCUGGGCCUCUCAGGACAGCGACUUGAACUGGUCAAAGAAAUGUUUUAAAAAGAAUCUGGAGUUUUCCCCACGUGGACUAAGGGAAUGUUUGGGCAAGAAAAAACACACACACAGUACAGGGACAUCCUUCUGAACAAAAUGGCUGUCUUUACUUACUCUUUUUAAGCAAAAACUGUUUCCAAACUUUUUAGUGUCAAAACUGUAACCAAGUGUCUCCUGAUUUUUUCCAAUGUGUUUGGCGAGUGCUGUGACCCUCUUGUAGGUAUUUCUCCUCCUGACUCUUUUGGGGGAAAGGUGGUUUUAGGGAUUGAUUUGGGGGGAGCGGGUUUUUGUCCCAUCCCACAUCCUCUUUUGUUUCUCUGCUUGUCGAUAUUGUCUGUGUGGUUCAGAGCAUUGGGGCAGUUACAUUGUGGCCAUUGUUGAGAUUAUUAAGAUAUUAAAAAGUAGUUUGUAGAACUGAAAAGUUAACGAGCUGUGUUUUAAGAAAUGCAAAACGAUAUCAUGUUAAUAAAGGAAUUCAAGCUACGGGGCAGCCGAACUCCUCCCCCACCUCCCCCAAGUUGGCCGAGGUGGCAGCUGGGCUAGUCCCUUGGGAAGCACCAGUGGCCACCCUCCAGGUAGUGCAAGAGACAACUGCUGAGUCAAAGGAAUUGGAAUCUGGGGCUCAGAGGGUCCCCACCUGUGCCAGAGAUCUCCUCUACAUCCUCAGGACCUCUAGGUAGAGGUUUCAAAGUUUGUGACCCCAUAACCACCCUCAAACCCACCUUGGUCCCAGCUCAGCGUGCCUAAUACUGUGUGGUAACCCGGGCUUGGCUCUGAAGUCCCACAGCCGGCGGCAGCCCUGUGCGGGCCGCAGACCCUCUCUCCUGCCCACUUGGUGCUAUAUCAUCCAGUGACCCAUCCAGCACGGCCAAGCGCGGGCCAGCCUGGAACCCGCAAUCCAGGCCAAUGAAUUGUACUCAGAUCUCAGUUCCUUCUGGCUUCAGGCCCCAGGUUCUUUCCCUUUAAGCUUUUUAGAGCCUACAUCUCCCAGGCCCAGGCUGUCUCUCUUGGCCCCAGAGAUGCCACGGUCAGGAAAGGACGGGAUCCCUGCCGAAGCCAGAGAAUUCCCCCCCGGGCCAGCGCAAGCACUCUGGGCCCAGCCCUUGCUUGCACGCCACACCAGUAUUGUAUUCAUGCCCUGAUGCAGUCAGACCUACCUGAGGGCCACCCCCUUCCCGUUCUGGCCGGGCUGCCCACGCGGGCCUAGCCCACUGGCCGGGGACCCUGCCGAGUGCCCCGGGCUGUCCAGGGUGGAGACCCGAUGUCUCCCCGGGAUCUGCUCCCCUCUGCCCCGGAAGACAAGUGCUGCACUCUAGUGAGAGGAGCUGAGGGGCCCUGGGCGCCGACUCCUUCUAGCUUGAGUUCCUUGUGCUGACAGUAGCAGCCGCUAUGAUGGUGUCUGUGAUGCAAAUGCACCCGCUGCCUUCAACCGCGUGCGUGCGUGCGUGCGUGCGUGCAUGUGUGUGUGUGUGACGGCCGGAGUCGUGGUACCGACAGGAUAAUGACAUUACAAAGAAAUUGUGUUAGAGUCAACUUUGCCUUGAUAAUUAUUGUAAACACUUUGUCCAUUUUUUUCUUUUUUAUUCACCAACUAAAUCCAUCAGGAAAUUAUAAAGUUAUUUAAAAAUUG